AUGGUGGUCAAAGAACAAGGUUCAUCAUCUUAUUCACUCCCACCAUACCCUCAAGAAGACACACCUCUUCUCACAAAUUCACCACCCCUCUCUUCCCAGUUCAAAACCUGCGCCAACAUCUUCAUCGCCAUCGUCGGCGCCGGAGUUCUCGGUCUCCCUUACAGUUUCAAACGAACCGGUUGGGCCACCGGUUUGAUCAUGCUCUUCGUCGUCGCUUACAUAACCUACCACUGCAUGUUACUUCUGGUCAAAACACGUCGCAAGCUCGAAUCAGUAACGGGUUUCUCAAAAAUCAAAUCUUUUGGCGAUUUGGGUUUCACCAUUUGUGGCCGAUUGGGUCGGUUCUCUGUUGAUGCGAUGAUUGUUCUUUCUCAAGCUGGUUUCUGUGUUAGCUAUCUUAUUUUCAUUUCUUCCACUUUAGCUUUUCUCGCCGCCGGUGAUUCCACCGGAGAAACUGUUCCGGUGUUGUUAGGUUUGACUCCGAAGGUUUUGUUCCUUUGGGGGUGUUUUCCUUUUCAAUUAGGGUUGAAUUCGAUUAAGACUUUGACUCAUUUAGCUCCUUUGAGUAUUUUUGCUGAUGCUGUUGAUAUUACUGCUAAGAGUGUUGUUAUGGUGGAAGAUGUUUUUGUUUUCGUCAAGAAUAGGCCAAGUUUAGAAGCUUUUAAGGGGUUCUCUGUGUUUUUUUAUGGUAUAGGUGUUGCUGUUUAUGCUUUUGAAGGGAUAGGGAUGGUUUUGCCUUUGGAAAGUGAGACUAAAAAUAAGGAGAAAUUUGGUAGGGUAUUGGGUUUAGGGAUGGGUAUGAUUUCUCUAUUGUUUGGUGCUUUUGGUUUGUUAGGUUACUUUGCUUUUGGUGAAGAAACUAAGGAUAUUAUCACUACUAAUCUAGGUCAAGGUUUGGUGAGUGUUGUGGUUCAGUUAGGGCUUUGUAUUAACUUGUUUAUUACUUUUCCUUUGAUGAUGAAUCCUGUUUAUGAGGUGUUUGAGAGAAGGUUUUGGGAUUCUAGGUAUUGUUUGUGGUUGAGGUGGUUGUUGGUUUUGGUUGUGAGUUUGGUGGCUGUUUCAGUGCCUAAUUUUGCUGAUUUUCUUUCACUUGUUGGAAGUAGUGUUUGUGUUGUUCUUGGAUUUGUGUUGCCUGCUUUGUUUCAUUGUAUAGUUUUCAAGGAGGAGUUGGGUUGGAGAUGCAUGGUUUCUGAUGGGGCGGUUAUGGUUUUUGGGAUUGUUGUCGCUGUUACCGGAACCUUUAGCUCCGUGUCGGAGAUUCUUUCUCCUAAGGCUUGA